UGAAAUGUCAGGUGAAUAGAAACUAAAAUAUCGUUGUGCGUAGCGUUCGGUCUUCAUUCCGAUACGAUAAUUUCGUAAUAUUAGGUAGGAAUUUCCGUCAAUGAGAAAAUUAGCAGCUAAAUCAAAACAUAUUAAUAUUAUUUUGCUUUGCGGCCGAGAAAGAUUUAUUUACUGUGUUACAGGAAAUGAAGAGUUUACCGCAUAAGAAAAAGGAAUUGUGUUACAAAAGAUGGACAGAAAUAAGAGAAAACAUGUAAUCUAAAAAGACAUGCUCUAUGAUGAGCACAGGACGGAGCCAAAUAUGGCGCCGUCGAAGUGGGCUGACAUUCUGGAUCCGGGCAGGUUUAAUCCUAAUAAUAGUGAUAUUUAUUUGGGUGCAGAUGAGCUUUGUGGACUUCGGAAGGAAUCCAGGCUCGUUUUCCGACUUCAACGAAUCUCAAGCCGCUAUACUCAGUAUGGUACCGGUCGUUCUUCAUAAGUUUUUAGCUACCAAGCCGAAGAACGGUACUAAUUUAGGUCUAAAUGGCAGUUACAAUAAUUUAGGAUUUUACAAGGCUAAUUUGAAUAUUUCUGAUAUUAAAAGGAGCAUUGCGCAAUAUAAUAUUCAACAAACAAUUUACAACGAGGAUAUUUUCGGCCCACUACAAAAUGAUUCCAUAGUAAUAGUGAUACAAAUCCAUGACAGAAUAACCUAUCUCCGUCACCUAAUAAUCAGUUUAGCGCAGGCUCGCGGUAUAUCGCAAGCACUGCUCGUAUUUUCACAUGAUUUUUACGAUGAAGAGAUAAACAGUCUGAUUCAAAGCGUAGAUUUUUGUAAGGUUAUCCAGAUAUUUUAUCCCUAUUCUAUUCAAACCCACCCUCAUGAAUUUCCGGGCGAGGACCCCAGUGACUGUCCCAGAGACAUAAAAAAAGACAAAGCUUUACAAAUGAAAUGUAACAACGCCCUGUACCCUGACCUAUAUGGUCACUAUCGUGAAGCAAAGUUUACUCAAACUAAGCAUCACUGGUGGUGGAAAGUAAACAGGGUAUUUAAUCAGUUGGAGGUUACAAGGAAUCACACUGGUUUGGUCUUGUUUCUAGAGGAGGAUCACUACGUUGCUGAGGACUUUAUUCACGUUUUAAAGCUAAUGGAGAGAACUUGUAAAGAAGCUUGCCGCCAUUGUAAUAUUUUGUCCUUAGGUACAUACUUAAAGACGUAUAACUACUUUGGAGAUUCAAAAAAGAAGGAGGCGGCUUUACGCACCAAACACCAAUUGAAAAAAACAUUUGCCGAGAUUCAGCCGUCGUGGACUUUUCAGGUGUUACCCUCAUUGUAUCAGCACCCGCAAAAGGUCGAAAUAACACCUUGGAUAAGCAGCAAGCAUAACAUGGGAAUGGCAUUUAAUAGGACCACCUGGAAUGAAAUAGUGAAAUGUGCUGCAUAUUUUUGUAAAUACGACGAUUACAACUGGGACUGGUCGCUUCAGCAUAUUUCUCAAAAUUGUUUGAAGCAGAAACUUCACGCAAUGGUAGCCAGGGGACCUAGAGUUUUUCAUAUCGGAGAAUGUGGUGUUCAUCAUAAAAAAGAUAACUGCGGUUCCACGGCUGUAAUAUCAAAAGUUCAAAAAGUUUUGCGGGCAGCAAAGCGGCAUUUAUAUCCUGACUACCUUAUCCUGACUUAUGCAGCUGUUUUGAAAAAGAAUAAACUGAGAAAAGGUAACGGAGGAUGGGGAGAUCAUAGAGAUCAUAAAUUAUGCUUAGGAAUGACCAUUCGAUAAGUUUAGUUUAUCAUAUAAAUAUUAGAGGAAGAAGCGAUAGAUGAGAGAGAGUUUUAAUAUUGGUCGUGUUGUGAUAAUACUUGAUGUCUAUAUCCGUUAAUAUCUAUAUGAUAAUAAAACUUACAGCUCAGAAUCUCUUAUGGUUGUAAAUUAACCGCAUUGUGUGGAUAAGUAAUAAUGAAAUAUAAAAAUAAGAUCUGAUCUAAGUUAAUGUGUACUAAUGCUACCCUUUGUAUAAACAUGUUUGUUAUUAUUUUGCUAUAAGUCUAGAAGAUAUUAACCAAAAUUAUACUCAGGGCACAAAAUUUAAGGUUUAAAAGUAAGCUACAAGCAGGGUAUAUAUUUUAACAGUUAUUACUUGUCCACUAGGAAAAUAUUGGUUUAGUUACUUUUUGGAAAAUAAUUCUGCCACCAAUGUUUCGUGAUAUUUUUAUAACUAUUAAACAUUUUGAUGUAAGCUUAUAAAAAUAUAUUAUUGGUAAGUAGGGGAAGUAUUUUAACGUUAUAAAAGUUCUACAUGUCACUUUUUAAAAAUACAUACCGAAACAGAAUAUAAUUGCUAGAUUUAUCAUUUAUUUUCUGCUUUUUAAUGAUUAUAAUUUAUUAUUUUUGUAUCAAUUUUACAUUUGUUAUUAUGUUAUGUUAAUUAUUACAACUUUAAAAAUAUAGGUUUUUAGAAACUUUAUUCUCAGCUUAUUUUUUUUUAUAGUUUCUGUAUGUAUUUACAAAAAGUUUUAAUAGCAGAGGUCUUCAAAGGGUUGGGUUGUUGGAAAACGAAGGGUAAUUGCUGAAUUAAUUUUUUACAAAUUAGAAUUUUAAUCUCUGAAUAUGUUCAUCAAAUCCGAAAUGCUAAUGAUAUUCUGUAAGAAGUGAAAAAAGAUGAAAGUCCAUCUUCAGUGUAUGAUAUAAAAGUAUUAGCAGAUUAUAGUCGGGUUUUCUGGAAGGCUCUUAGUUUCCUUUUGAAGUUGCUUAAGAAUAUUAUAGGAAUACACCACUAUAAUAUUGCAAAGAACUAUAAUUAAAUAAAGAUACAUAAAGAUAAAUAAAGAACUGUAUAAUUUAGUUAAUACAUUUCUUUAUAAUAAUGUUGGGUGAAGUUAGAUUAGGGAUGCUUAAGUGAUUUAUAUCCGAACUCAACUCAACAGUAUAAUAAUAUAUUAAAAUAAAUGGAACAUGAAUGGUUAGUAAUAAUAAUUUGGGCUACUAACAUGAUGCGGCGAUGUUAGGAAAACUUUAAAACGGGCUUAGAAAUCGUCAAAUGGUAUUAGUACAUAAAGAAUAAUAGAGAGUAAUAGUAUUUUUUGAGGUGUAAGCACCAAGUGUACAAGGCCAAGCAUGUUAAUCUCUCCAAAGAUUACUUAGUCUCCGUGACACAGGAGUGGUACACAGCUUUAAAACCAAAUUUUCAGACGUGGGUUAUCAUGGGUCAUGAGGCCUGGUAUAAAAAUUGCAACGCAUCCGUAGGUGUGGCAUUUAUUGCGUGAGGACUUCUUAUUGUGUUUAAUGGGUUAUUCGGUUAAAACCUGAAAUAGCAAAACUUGGCUAUUUUUUUAUGCAAUUAUUCGUGAUCGUUCUAAAGCAAUACCUUCCGUUUUUCAGCAAUCCUAUUUAUUAGAAGACUUGUGUAAUUAUGGCAAAUAAGAGUAAACUUUGAAUUUAUAUGUAAAAACUUAGAUGUAAAAAGGCAGGGUUAUGAUACUCGUUCAGUACCUAACUGAGAACGAUGUAUUUGCUAGCACAAAAUCAGAUAAUAUUAAAAUGUGAAAAAGACUUUUUGACAGUCCCGUCACAGCACAGACUUGCUAUACAAUUUUUUACGUAAAGGCUUUUUAUAAAUUAUGUAAGAAUAAAAUCUAGUCAAAGUUUUGGAAUUUAUCUUUCCUAUAUAUAAUAUGUAUAUAUUUGAAAUUCCACCGUUAUAUGUUAUGUGUAUUUAAAACUUACUAUUGAGCCGGCUUUAGGCCUAAUGUAGUUUAAAAUUUUCUAGUCCGUCAUUUUUGUUUUGUUAUUAAUAUGUUUUGUUUAAUGUGAUAAUUUUUGUUAGCUUUUAAUUUUAUAUUUCAUCGGAUAUAAUAUUAAAAAAUGUUGUUUUUUAUAAUAAGUUUAUUGUUCGCUCAUUGAAAACAGCUCAUUUAUUUAAUUAUAUAGACUUUAUGUAUGUUUUCUUUAAAUUAUUAACUUUUUUUAUAGUUUAAUUAUUUUUCUGUUAAUUAUUUAAAAAAACUAAAUUUAUGUGAAUUUUUUGAAAAAUUAAUUCAAGCUAAAGAUUAAAUUCUAAACAAAUCUUUGUUUACGUUUUUAUUAGUUUUCUUAGGAUCAUCUACUAUUCUUUUAUUAGUACGAGUUAAGUUAACUUUCCUCAUUCUACUUAUGUUACUUUAAAUUAUAUUUUGUUUCAUUUAUUAGUUCAGUUUGUGUGUUUUGCUCUAGUUAAAUCAUUAAUGCAAAUAAAACUUAACAACAGACCAUUUUACAAAGAUUAUGUCUAAAGGGAGGUCAUGAACUAUAAUUUAUAAUUAAGAUAAUUUAAAAUAUUUAUCAGGCGGUAACAACUUGCAUUAAAAAACAGACUUAACAAUAUAUUGGUCAUAUUUAAGGAGGAAAAGGUUGACCAUAAAAACAAAAUAUGUGGCAGCUAAGUAGCAACAGUGGCUUUUUUUCUGUCUACCCUUUAGUUUUCCUAUAUGUUUAUAAUGAAUUUCAUUUUUUCGUAGGAAUGCUGCCUGUAAUUUUUUUCCCUUUUUUGCCAUUUCUGAUUUACUCGAAUAUUUUUUUAUGAAAUUUAUUGCUAGUAUCACGAAGAUAUAUUAUUUAUCUUAUAUGAUAUUUCAUAUACCUAUUAAGAGUUUCGUGGUUUUGUUAAAGUUAUCGGUUUGCAUUAUUAAUUCUGCUAUAAAAAUAUUAAGAACAAAUUUUUUAAUGGUAUCCCCAAAACGAAAUAUAACUAAGCAAUUCUUAGCGAUAUCUUAGACAGAGGUAAAUUAGCUUAAAAAAGUAAUUCCCAUGUCAUAUGUAAAAUCUGGCAGUAUUUACAGGGAUGCUCAUCGAAUACAGUCCAACAAAGCUUACGGUUUUGAGUGCAAAAAUUUAAAAAAGCCGGAUCCGUAUACCUUUGCUUUCAUGGAGAUAUUGCAUAGCAAUUUAUAUUGUCUCACAUACGGAGCUAUCGUUUGGUGGCCCGAAGAAAGUAAAAAUUCAAGUCCAACGCCUUGCAUACCUAGCAUAACGGGUUCCAAUCAGAGAUCUUGAGACUCUGUUGAGCCUUCCGCCUUUGUGGAGUAUUCCGAGCAAUGAAAAGAGUGUAUAGGCUACAUGCCCUUGGUAAACUACGGAGCCGGUGAGCACGGUCUGAAAUAAAGUAGAUGGAAAUGCCCUCUUCUAUUGAUAGCCAGCGACUAAAUGGCAGAUAGUACAUUGUAAGAGAGGUCGGAGGCAAAGAGCUAUAUUCGCUGAGACAGCUACUGUCUUCCAGGCUAACGUCUUCGCUGUAUUGAAAUGCGAACAGGAAAUCCUAAAUUUCGGAUACAGCAAUAAUGUAUCAAUUUUCUCUGACAGCAGGUCUGUCAUUAAAGCCCGAAAAAAAAAGUGAGCUCCAAGCUCGUAAUGGAGUGCAUAAAAAUCCUAGAAAUACUGGUGAAGGUGGCCUAAUGGUUCGGAUUUUCAGCAUGGUCCAUACGUGGCGUUUUGGGAGGAGGAUAAAACUGCAGACCACGUUAUGAAGAAGCGCCUUGAUAACCCUGGGUAGGUCCAUUAGGAGACCGUGUGCUAAAAGCCUCUUUGGCUGCUCACUGCCUCACAGUUCAAUUCAUCUAUUCAUUUAUUUAUUAAAGGGCGAUGCGUAGCUCAUAUUUAAAAAAUAAAGCGCAAUUUCAAAGAAAAUUUAAUGCCCUUUUGGCAAAUGUACAUAACCUUUCCCAUUUGAAAAAAUAAGAGUAAAUGCAGGCUAAAAGGUUAAAUCAUAAUAAUAAAAUUUAUGUGUAAAUAAGUCUUUGUUAAAAAGAAAAGUAUGUACUAUCAGGAAAGUCAAAUAAAAUCGGACACGUAUGCAACGUUAGAAUGAAUGUACUAUAUCGGCCUACCGCUUUCGGACGUAGGCCAUCAUCAGAGCUAUGACUUUAAAAUUAAACAAAAAAAUGUAGUAAGUAGAUCAUCCUUUCCCAAAUGGCUUUUGUUUAAAAAUUUUUGCACCAAUCAAACCGCCUACUCGAAAAGUUUAAACAGGCCAGAAGACUUUUAAAAAAAUGUUACACAUAAAGCUGUAAACUUUGCUGGAGUAUUUUUAAUAGGCACUUUCUAUACGAUCUUUGUAAAGUAGUAGAAUUGGUGGAUUAGAUUGAUCUGAUGAGUGUUGGUUUGGUUACUGGAGGGGGUUUGACUGACCAACCCAGUUUUAGUAAUCUAUUUAAUAGAGCUAAACUGAAAACAUUGCACUUUUAGUGUAAAACAUAAUUUAUCCUUUUUACAUGAUUUAGACCCUUUAUUUACUGCCAGGUCUCAUAUAUAUAUUUUCUGGAUCAUAUACAAAUAAUUAAUUUUCUUUUAGAUGAUUUCAGAGACCUCAUAUUUUUAAAUAGAUCUUAUUGAACUUAAGUCAAUGAAUUAUAAAAAAUCAUUUAUAGUUCACAAAGAUACUGAUCGUUUGAGGUGUAACAUUAAACUGCAGCAUCUGUUUUACCUUAAUCAUCAGAGUGGACAAUAAAACAGCAAUCUCUUUUCUCUUUUUUUCAAGUGUCUUUUUAAUGUGACCAUUUUACUAAACUAUACAAUGAAUUAAUUUCCGUAUGUAAAAAAAAAUCUUUUGAAUUAAUCAUUUUUUGUAUAAUAAAACUUCAUAUAUGCAAAAACUCUAAAAGUAAAAUGUGCUUAAAAUUUAAAUUUUUUGUACAAAUUUGAGGACGAACACACAUUGGUCCGAAUGCUGAUUGUUAAACCUUUAAGUGGUAAUAUUGAGCUGAGUGCAACCAAAUCUAUUUAAAACAACAUAUUAAGAGGUCAGUUGAGAAUGUUUUUUAAUAAUGGCAAUGGCUAUAAGAUUUCGAGUCUACUUUAUUUAUUGUUUUUUAUUGAGAGUUUUAUUAAUAUAUUUAUUUUGUCCCUUUUACUGUUUUUUUUAUAAAUGAGCAGCUUUUAAUUAUAAAUUUGUAGCAAAUUAUUAUUAUUCAUAUGAUACCAAUGUUUUAUGUAACACGACAUUUAGUCAUUUUUUAAAAGUUAUUUUUUAAAUAAAAAAAACUAAUUGGUGUUUCCUAAAAAUUACCAAAAGCACUGAUAGACAGUGCCUUAUAAUUUAUGUAUCUCGAAUUUUAAAAUUUGAAUAUUAAUUCUAUGUGAACAAUUUUUAAAUUUUUAAACAAGCAUCUAGCAGUUUAUGAAAAUCAAUACUUUGUAUACGUGUAAUAAUUUUGUUUCUGGUCGGGUUAUUUAGUGUGUUUUCGACAAAGCCUUAAAAAGUAAUAUUCUUUUUAUGGUGCAUAAUUAUUUAGUUUUACUUAAAUACAAAUAUCUUUUAUUAUUCUCUUUAUUUUUAAUGUAAUGAUUUAUUACAUGCUUCAAAUAUCAAAUUUUUGAAUUUGAGUAUAUUCGGCUACACCCUAGAUUAACUAGUACGUUAAUUAAUAAGUAAUGAAGAGGCCAUAUUAAUAACUUUAUAUGUUAAGCAUGAAUACUCUUUUUAUAUUAUAUGUCUAAGUAAACGCAAAACGAAAUGACCGCAGUCGUUCGUAAAUAAAUAUGUGUAAAAGACGUGA